AUGGGACCAGGUCGACUUCAGCUUCGAUUCGAGAUUCAAUUCGUUGUCCAACAAUCUUAUGCAGUGGAUGUGUAUGAUGAAUUUGUGAUUCGAGGUAAUACAGCUGUUCUGCGAUGCCACAUUCCUGAACUCGUUCAAGAUUACGUAACUGUGACAUCAUGGAUUCGUGACGGAUCUUUUGUAAUAAGGCCUACUGCCUUGGCAGGAGAAAGAUUUAGCAUAUUCCAAACAGGUGAACUCCAUAUUCGUAGAGUUGACCACGCUGAUGGCCUUCAGAAAUACCGCUGUGAGACAAGACAUCGUCUAACUGGUGAAACAGUACUUAGUACUACCACCGGAAGGUUACUCGUAGCAGAAUCCUUUCGAGAUGUUCCUCCCCGAAUUACGGAUCACAAGCGUCUCUUGAAGGUUCCCGAGGGAGAAACCUUGGAAGCUCCUUGCGCCUCUCAGGGGUUUCCUAUACCAACGUACGAGUGGUACAAGAAAGAAUCCAGAGAUAGGCUUCAACCUUUACAAAUAGGAAACCGAUUUCUACAACUGGAUGGAACCUUAGUAUUACGAGAUGCAAGAGUAGAAGAUUCAGGACACUAUGUUUGCAAAGUGCAAAACAGCGUGGGUUCGGACACGGCAGAAACAGAAAUCCUUGUCACAGCACCACUUUCUGUACAAGUGAUUCCCAAAUUCCAGAGUAUUGAUGUAGGAAAAUCCACAACCUUCAACUGCUCUUUUUCUGGCCAUCCAGUGGUCACGAUCGAAUGGAUGAAGGAUGGAAUGCCCUUGCGGGCCGGAUCUCGAGUGGAGUUUCCUUCGCGGGAUAUUCUUUAUCUGACCUCUGUCCAGAGAGAUGAUAAAGGAAUGUUCCAGUGCUUCGUGUCCAAUGAUUUCGAUUCCGCCCAAGGCACAGCGCAACUGACGUUAGGAGAUUAUCCUCCUACACUACUUGAAGUCUUCAGUGAGCAGACAUUGGAGCCUGGUCCAUCCGUUACACUAAAAUGUGUGGCACAAGGUAAUCCUCUGCCACAGAUAAUUUGGACUCUUGAUUCAAGCACCAUACCAGAAAAUUCCCGUUUUCGUCUUGGCGAUUAUGUUAGAACUGGUAGCGAUUCAACUGAAGUCGUUAGCUAUGUCAAUGUAACUUCCGUAAGACCAGAAGAUGGAGGCUUGUACGAAUGCACGGCAUCGAACGAUGUGGGGAAAGCCAGUCAUUCCGCCCGUGUGAAUGUAUUUGGCCCACCAUUUGUCAGAAGUAUGUCCAACUUGUCUGCCGUUUCUGGGGAGACACUCAGGUUGCAGUGUCCCGUGGGCGGACACCCUAUUGAGAGUAUUAAAUGGGAGAAAGAUGGAGUACGGUUACCUUUCAACCAUCGCCAGAAAGUAUUCCCAAAUGGAACCUUAAUCAUUCGCAGCGUUGAGAAGACUACAGACUCUGGGCCAUAUAAAUGCUCGGCGUCCAAUGCAAAUGGAAUUUCAGCCGAAAACUCUUUAUAUAUUGGUGUACUUGUUCGCCCUCUGGUAGAGCCAUUUUUCUUCCCAAAGUCUCUGCAGCAGGGCCAGCGUUUCAGCGUCUUGUGUACCGUCACGGAAGGUGAUCCGCCAAUCAGAAUACAAUGGAUUAAAGACGGACAGCAUUCUUUCUUAUCAAAUUCGAAUGAUGGAGUGAGAGCUCUGGUGGUAACGCAAUUUUCCUCGACACUCGUUUUCGAAUCUUUGUCUCCAGAACACCGUGGCAAUUAUACAUGCGUCGCUUCAAACGCCGCUGGCACCGUGAGCCACACCGCUACAAUGGUAAUUCACGUGCCACCCCGUUGGAGGAUAGAACCAGGUGAUACAAGUGUUACUAAGAGCCGCUCUGCUGUUGUCGACUGCCAAGCUGAUGGUUUUCCUAUUCCACGAAUUAGAUGGACCAAAGCAGAAGGUGACGUAGCUUCAGAAUUUCGACCAAUCAGUAGUAGUUCAAGGCUGCAUGUAUUCGAAAAUGGUUCUCUGGUCAUUCAUAACGUUGAAGAAGGCGAUGAUGGUCAUUAUCUUUGCCAAGCGACAAAUGGUAUAGGCCAAGGUCUUAGCAAAGUUGUGAGGUUAUCCGUUCAUGUUGCUGCUCAUUUUAAGAGUAAAUUUCGGGCAGAAAGUGUUCGUAAAGGGGAGGACGCUAGGCUAGUUUGUGAAGCAAUUGGUGAUCGCCCCCUCCAGAUAACGUGGCUGAAAGAUAAACAGACCUUUGAACCCCAAAUGGACCUCAGGUAUGAGUUAACAGAAACUGUAUUGGGAAGCGGAACUACUUCUGAACUGACUAUUCGCAGAGCUGAUCGAAGAGAUUCUGCUUUAUAUACCUGCAUAGCUUCCAACGCUUUUGGUCAAGACGAUACUAAUAUCCAGCUCAUUAUGCAAGAACCACCUGAUGCACCACAGGAUGUGAAGGUUUUAGAAUUUGGCAGUCGUACAGCCAAGAUAGGCUGGUCAGCACCAUACAGUGGAAAUAGCCCUAUAUCACAAUUUAUUCUUCAUUAUAAAGAAGAGGCAGAUAGAUGGCAGCAGCGAUCAUGGAAUGUAACUGUCCCAGGAACAGAAUCUAGCGCUGUGGUGCGUGGAUUACAACCAGUCACAUUUUACCAUUUUCGGCUCUAUGCUGAAAAUGCCUUGGGGAGAAGUGAACCUAGCAAUGUAGUUCAUCUUAGAAUGGAUCAAGAAGCGCCUGGUGGACCUCCUCAAAAGGUGAAGGUAAGAGCAACUGGAGCGCAUAUAGUUAAAGUUACUUGGAAGCCUCCAAGAAAGGAUCUUCAAUUUGGAUUGAUAAAAGGUUAUUAUGUGGGAUACAAAGAAGCAGGUUCAAAGGAUACUUUCAUUUACAAGACACUGAAUGCGAAAGGGGAAGACAACUUCAUUGAAGAAACCCAGCUGUCAGAUCUUCGAAAAUUUACAGAAUAUUCUGUGAUUGUUCAAGCUUUCAACGCCAAAGGAGCUGGUCCUCCUUCUGAUCAAGUUAAUGUCAAGACACUGGAAAAUGAUCCUCCUGGAAGUCCUGUGGUAAAAGUUGUAUUCGUAAAUCAGACUGCCAUAGGCCUGGCAUGGGACCAGACGGAAACAGAAAAUCCAGUACAAGGCUACAUACUUCAUCACAGGUGGGAUAUGGGCGAUUGGCAAGAGACCGAAUUGUCAGCUUCAGAAAUGGAGUAUGGUUUCACCGAUCUCAAAUGCGGCUCUAGAUACCAGUUUUACGUCACUGCUUUCAAUGCCGUUGGUCGUGGAAUCCCAAGUGACAUUGUUAGAACUAAAACAGACGGAAGAGCUCCAGUUGCUCCAGACAAGCAGUCAAUGCUCAGUACAAAUCAGACAUCAGCAGCUGUACAUCUAGAUGCAUGGCAUGAUGGAGGAUGCCCACUUACUUCAUUUGCUGUCAGGUACAGACAACAAAGACAGCAAAUAUGGAAUCUCGUUACAGAAGGUGGUCCAGAAGGUUCAAGUAGGUCACAAGACCGUCUUCGUCAUCAAGUCGUGCUUGAUGAUUUAGUUCCGGGUACCUGGUACAGGCUACAAGUCACUGCUCAUAAUGAAGCCGGUUCAACAGAUGCUGAAUAUACUUUCGUAACUAGUCCACUAACAGCUGAUGCUCCCCCCAGUUACCCCGUAAAUGAAGAGAGCGCUCAAGAGCUACCUUUAUACUUGGAUAUUAACAUAUUGGUGCCCGCCGCUGUUUCCCUUGCUGUUGUCAUAGCUUUAAUAAUUUUAGUCUGCGUCAUUGUAUAUAAAAGGAAUACGCAGGACACAAAUCAUGCAGGGGCCAACAGCGAUACCUACAGUAAUCGCAAGUGCCAAGUUCACGAAAGCGUUCAGAUGACAGAAGUGGAAAAGAGUUCCUUGAAAAAAGCACUUUCAGGACCUGUUACACGUGGUGAUUAUUAUCCGACGCCUUACGCUACGACUCGCAUCUCUUCCGAAGAGCAAAAGGAAGCUGCUGCUAGACAGGCUGCCAUGGAAGAACCACUUUAUGCUACAGUAAAACGGACACCUCGACCACCAAGAUCAGAUUUUCACGUGUAUCAUUAUCCUGGGGAAAUGCCAGAAUUCUUCCUUCAAGUUGGUAAAGGAUCGUGUAUGGAUGAUGUGGGUGCUUCAUCCAGUAGCGUUCUGUGGAAAGAAAAUCCAGAUUCAAAACUGAAAGAUGAAUAUCAUCACGAUGAAAUGCUUCAAGAUUGUAGUCGAUCAGGUGGUCAAAGAAAGUCAUACAGAUAUUCACAAAGGUGAAGAUUUGCCAUACGUUUCUGAUCUGCACUGAAAAUUAUUUCUGCCAAGAGACCGACUGACUCCAAACCGAGUAUCAUCGAUAAUGAACUUGUGAGAAGUAUGAAAAAUUACAAUUCCAUUUUACGAAGUUGAAACAUGCCGCUGUGUUAUGUUAAUUGUUAUACAAGGUUAAUGACUGAAACUAUUUAUGGCGUAUUAAUGUUUACUUGAAGCACAUAUAUCGGUGAAUGCCAUUAAUGAAUCGCAUUUCACUUGCCUUCAUUUUAUGAUGUGAAACGUAUAAUAAUUGUGUAUAUAUUUCCGUACGGAAUACUGAAUCUUUCUGCUUGUACAUCAGCAUAAAAAUGUUAUCGGUAAAGUAAAUUGUUUUGAAUUUUUGUUGCUGUGUUAAGGAGUUUAGAAGUUAAAUGAUGUGAAGCGGUACGGAUAUUUUUAGAAGUAUAUUAUGGAUUUGGUUACUUGGACCGAAAUUCACAGAAGUGUGAUACAUGAGCUGAUUUUGAAGAAUGAUGUUAUUUAACUUUGACUACUUUGAUACUGCAGUGUAACUUAAUUAAUAUAAUGUGGUCUAUUGUUAAAAUAUAUACAAAGAUAGUGUCCAUUCACAUUUAUACCAGUUACUUAAAGGAUGUACUUUUAAAAUAUAAUCUUGACAUACGACAGGUCUAAAAGUUUGUGACUAAAGAAUUCAAUUGAAGAUUUUCAAAUAUUUACUUAUUAUUAAAUUUAGAAAAAUGUAAAUACCAUAUUAUUUUUUUUCGACAGAUGCAUAAUAAAUUAACCGCUCUCUCUUACUAGCAUGACUCAUGUCACUGAUUUCUAACAUAAGAAAGAUUUUUUUUAAAUUUUUUCAUAUUCGGAUGAAACCAGGCAUUGUUAUGAUCUGUUUUACUAUCUUUAUUUUAAUCGUUCCUGCUAUCAUGACAGAUGCAAUAUUCUAUAUCUGUGAUAUUACCUGUAGCAAAUCCACUGAUUUAUUUAAUUAAGCUUAGUCAUUAGUGAGACUGAUUAGUUAGUCUAUUAAAGAACCUCCAACUCAGAAGAUGAUUUAAACAAUCUUUUUAUUGAAGCUUUAGCAAGUGCGUAGCUUGUGCUUAUGGGAUCACCGCUGUCUGCAGAAUUUAAACUAAAAUGAAAUGCAAAUUAAAAUUUAAAGUAAUUUAACGUGGUUAAAUUCACAAAGCAAACGCUUGUCAUAUGUUACCUCAAACCAUUCUAACUGCGCGAGCAAACUCGGUUACAAAAAGGGUAAAGGCCGGUCUAAAGUAAUUUUCAGAGCUUGCAGAGGAAAUUUUGCAGUGGUCAGCAUCGCUGUUAAAUAAAGCUCUCAGUAACUUUCAAAAACUUUGUUCCUGUAUACAAACCUAAUUUGCAGACCGGUAAGAGCUGGCAAAAGUAUAAAUAACAAUAUAGAUAAAAUGUUAAGAAAAUGGGUUAGUUAACAUAAACCUUACAUACUUAUUUGCAGUGUUUUAUACUUAUGAUAAUCCGAAAAAGAAGAUCACAAAGAGUUUAAUUUAUAUAUCUAGAUGAAGCUAUUUCAACAUGCUUGUACAGAAAUGUUUGUUAAAACUCAUUUCUUGCGAUUUAUACGAGUUAUGUUGCCUGAUAUCAUUUAUUUAAUGCCUGAGUUACAUAAACCUAUAAAGUAUUCAGUUAUUGGUGGCUUGGAGUAGUAUCUGAAAAAUUUAAUGCCGAUUACCAAGAUAAAUAAAUAAAAUUCUUUUCUUGCAGAAUUAAUGUUUUUGUUUUUUCUGAUAAUCAUUAGAUCUAAGUCAACGUAAAAUAAAUACAGAGACCUGAAAGAAGUAAAAAUAUGUUAAAAAGAUAAUGUUAUUUUUUCAUUAUUAUUAUUAUAUAUAUGUUUGCUAGAAUUAUUACAUGGAAACAUUUAUUUAGUCUAUUAAUCGCCCUAUCAUAAGGUUAGUCAAAUAUCUAAAAUCGUAUCCAUAUAAAAUUUGCAUCAUUAUUAAAAUGUCUAAUAAAUUAAACAUAAAACUUCUAUUUGUUUCAGUAAUAUUAAGUAACAUUUAUAUACCUUCAGAAAGACAUUCAGAUCAAGAACAAUAAUUUAUCCCCCUCCCCCCAAAAAGGCGAAAUUACUCUUAAAAUGUACUUACAUAUAUUAUUUCUUAUUAACUUUCAAUUUAUUUUUAAUGAGAUCAUGCAUUAAGGGAUCUUAAUCUUUUGUGAAUGACUUUCAUUUUGAAUGACAGUUUAAAAAAAAAUUGAUGCUUUUAAAUCUCUUUCUUUAACACCUAUUAUUACCAAGUAUCUUACUUUCUGUUUAACAUAAUCUGCUAUUCGUAAUUUCUUACAACACAGUAACUAAUUAAAAAGCAAUGUUUCAUUUUAUAAUUAAUACUACGUACUACUAAAUGUUUCAUACAAGAAAGUUUACAAGCUCAAGAAGUUAAAAGCUAGUAGGAGAUCUUAAUUAACUGAUCAGUUACCAUUCAAUUAUAAAAAUAUUCUAAUCUGAUUAUAAAGCGAGAUCUUAUAUACAGAUUUUAUUAUACAGCUAUUUUCCAAACUUAAAACAUUUUAUUUUAUUAUUAUUAUUAUUAUUAUUGCUGUUGCUUUAUAUAUAGAAAUAUUUUUUAAUAGAUGACACAGUGCUUUACAAUACAAUGACCAUAUCAUAAGAACAACAUGCAGCUCUUUAUUUAGCAGUUUUAAAUUAAUUUUUUUAUUAAACGAGGAGUUUUCAGCUAACUUUCAAGCAAUAAAAGUGGAAAGUUACUACUAGCGUUUUUAGAUUUGAAUAAAUGAUUUUCAUUUUAAUGUGCCUUUAGAAUUAGAUUACUAGUCAAAAUUCUGAUAAAUUAUAUUUGUAAUUAUCUAAGUUUCUUAAAAUAUAAAUCUUACUUAAUAAUUUAUGCUAUUUUGUGAUCCCCGUCUAUUAUUUUAUUAGCCCACCAGCGGCCGAGCGGUAAAGUCGCUGAACACUGGUAGUUCGGUCCGAGAUUCGAAUCCCGCGAACGGGCUGGCUGCAUGGGUGUUUUCGUGGUUUUCCCCAUGUGUAACGUGUAUACGAGCCAGUUUCCCUUAGAAAGACCUCCACGAAGGCAUCCCUCCCCUUAGGCAGAUAGCCCUAGUGUGCUUUGCCAUAAUUAAAUACACCAACUAUUAUUUUAUUAGAACCGAUUUUCCGGUCUUAUAAAACUAUAUUAGGUGAAGUAAAUAGGUUUCAAAACUUAAUUGGUAAUCUGUUAUACACUGCAUAACUUCAUACCUUUUCUUUGUAAUAUUGCGUUCCUUUAAGAAAUUUGGAAAAUAACUUUUAAGCUUGUAACUUAUUUCCUUUUUAAAUGUGGUAAUAAUUUGGAAGAAAUGAAGAAAAGUAAAUGAACCACUUUUCAAUUAAACUCCUCGUAUAAUAAUUAUUAACUGCUUUGAAACUGCAGUAAAUGAAAUUUUCUGGCAAAGAAUACCGUAGAAAAGUAAACUGCUUUCACUCUUUAUCAGAAUAAUCCAGACAAGUUUUAAAUCAGCAUUUGGGUAGGAUAUAAUCAUUCAGAAAUACAAUCAUUAUCUUAUCAGACAAGGUUCUUCAUAGCGUCAUUAAUAACCUAAAUAGCUUAUUUUAAUAUCAACUUCUUCAACUGUAAACAUGACCGCUUAAUUCUAAAAUUCUUUCUAGAUCAUGUGCAUUAUCUUAUAAAGUAGCUUAAUAAAAGAAAUUUGAAUAAUUUAAAAUGUAAAUUUGGUGUAAUAGAUCCAUAAUGUGAUUUAACAAAUCCUAUUUUUGGAAACAUAUACGUUAUUGCAAAACAUAUGAAAUAUUUUCAGGUUGUAAAUAAAGAAGUAUGAUUUAAAAAGGCAUUUAAAAUAAAUUCUCUUGCAUAGAUGAUCCAAAGGUAAAAUAACUGUAUAAAUAUUUAAAUAUAAAUCUUGAUUAACCGGGGUAAUACCGAAGACGUCUGUGGUUAAUUCAAAAUCCUUAUUUAUCCAGAAGCAAUUAAAAGUCACAGAGGAAAGGAAUAACUUGUGUUAAAAGCACAAGUAAUAUUCAAGUGCGUGAUCAAGAAUUUUAAUUUGAGAAAUAAAUUAAUUUAGUUAUUCAAAUUAAAUGAGUAUAAAUAACGAAAAGAACAAUUUGUAAAUAAUGAAGGAAAAACUCACGAGAAAUGAAGAAACUAAGUUUUAAAAAACAUUUAAGAACAUUUCUUGUUGGAGAACCUUGAACACAGCCUCUUACUCCUGCUCUUACUCCCCUUUUCUAUUUUCCAUAGACACUUUUGUUUUAUGUUUUUGGGUUGUGAGAGUGUGUGUAUCCGUGUUUCCGUUGUGAGAGUGUGUGUAUCCGUGUUUCCGUAGUAAGCAAACUUAAAAGUUUUUCGGGAAGACGGGGUCUGUUUAAGAUGUAACUCGGUUAAUCCAUUUGUAGUUAAUCAGGAACUAAGAUUUUAAAAUUUUUUGAGUAGUCAUAGAAUUAAUGUUUAAUUAUUUUCUGUAAUAACUUUCUAACAUUAAAAAAAUUCCUUAGUCUACUGUCAUAUAUCAAACAAAAUUAAAUUAAAGAAAAGAAAACAGUCAGCAAAAAGUAUAAAUAAACCGUAAGAUUAUUUUUUAAAAUUAAGUAGAGAAAGUGCUGUUUCCGUUUUUGAUAUCGCAUGUUUAUAUUAUAUACAAAUAAAUACUAAAUUGUAAAACCGAUGUUGAUUUGUUUAGAUAAUUUAUAGCAUUUCUGAUGCCGGUAAUGCUCAAAUAAUCAAAGCUUAGCGUUGUCAGAAUGUUAUUUUUCAACCGUGCAAUCUCUUCUCAGCUCCUAUAAAAGAUAAGCGGAACAGACUGUCGUUUGAAUCUAGCAAAUUGAGAUCUUCGCAAUGGCCUAUUGAUCUUGGAUCCUAACAGUGGAGAAUCUUGAUAACCUUAGAUAUAGUUGAAAUGAUCUUUAACGAUACAAUCUUUUCCUUCCCUUCUGCAUACCCCAGUCUUUGAUGAAGACUUCCUGUUCCCCGCCCCACACACGUUUUCUGAAUGGCGUCAUUGCAUUGCUUCUCCGGACCUUCUGAACUUACUUCAAUCUCUGAAGUAAAGGCCAAUUGAAGGAAGGCCAUAUCUAUUUCUCGCGGUUUCGAGAAAUGGAUUUCUUUCGCGUUCAGUUCAGUCACUGUUAAGAAAUUGAAUAUUUUAUAAAUUAUUUUAUUUUACAUUACUUAGAAGACACUGCAUAUAGAUUUGUUGUUGCCCAUAUACAUAUUAUGUUGCCCAUAUGUAAAACCUGUCUCUAUUCUUCCACAUAAACUAAAUUAAAUCCUACAAUGAACCUGGCAAAUUCUCGCACAGGCGUGAAUUAAAUAUCAGCACAGAGAAAGGUGCAAAAUAA